AUGACAGUCCGAGGGGGUCCAGGUCGAGGACGAGGUAGGGGAUUAGUCCCACCUCGAGCUAUAGAAGAUAGGGACGUACUAGGAUUCGCCAAUAAGACGGUUGCCAACUCCGGUCCGCCCCAAAUCCAGACAUACUCUAAACCUAAACUACCUCCGAAUCUGCCGACGAGGGGAGGAAGGGGUAGAGGUGCGAGGGGUGUACCAUCCGUUAGAGGAGGACCUUCAUCAAGUAGAGGUGGUUUACCACCUGCUCUUAGGACUGGACCUGCUCCUGGACCUUCAACUAGCAGGGGUAGAGGAGGGUAUGCAGAUACGUACAGACCUCAUGUACCACUUCGAGAGCUUUUGCAUAGAACUAAAGAGCAGAGUAGAUCUGGGGAAUGGGCGGAUUAUAGGGAUAAGCAGAAAGAAAGAGAAAGAGAUAGAGAAGAGGAUAUGUGGAACGGACCUUCCAGAUCGUAUGCCAAUGGAAGGUCCGAUACAUAUAGACCUUCUUCACCUUCAGCCCUCUCUAGCUCAAGGAAUGUAAGAAGGUAUAGUCCUUCUCAACCUGCUCUUCAGGACAGUUGGUCGCCCGCUUCUACACCUCGUUCCACUUCGAAUGGGAAUGGGAAUGAUAGAUUCCAUGAAUUAUCAACAUCAACAUCCACAUCUAACAAUCAUGCUGGACCUUCCGGCUCAUCAUCUUCGAAUUUGGCGAAAUCUGAUGUUCCUCGCAAUCAUCUCCAAAGCAAUUUAUCGACGAAUACAAAUACCAAUACCGGUAACGGUCAACAUAUCAUAUUUUCGUCACCUUCUCUUCCACCAGCAACACCGUCCAUACCCCCUGAUCCGGCAUUUAAGCGCCCCCCUCCAUCUGGGCCUUCAGCCAGUCGACAGCUCAGUCCGGCUUUACCGCCCAGUUCCUCUACUAUCACCAAUCAACUUCCCGAUAAGGGUAAAAGCAAAGCUGCCAGUGCUCCAACCUCAACAUUACAAGUACCUGAGCCUGUUCCAGAAAUCAGGAAGAUGUCAUUCAAACCUAUCAAUCCUAAUAAUCCUAGAGCGAAGGGUAAAGAAAAGCAGAAAGAUGAUUCUCCCGUCACAGCUCCAGCUUCAGUCAGGAUCAAGGCGGAACCUGAUCCUCAGCCGCCGAACGCUGCGGCACCGAUACCGAGUUCAUGUACGAGUACGAGUACGAAAGUAAGGGAAGAGGAAGUUGACGUGAAACCGAGAAUCAAGGAGCUGGAGAGAGAUGCGGAAGUUGUUCAUACUGGUGGAGAGGGAAUAAGGAGAUCAGGAACGUUUGCAUUUAGUAAAGCAGAACUACCAGAUUGUUGGGCUAAGAAUCCCACGGAACGAAGCAAAGCUCGAAUGGCAUUUCGAAAAACCCAGAGGGAAGCGAUGAUUGCUCAGGGGAAGAAGAUUGGUGGGACCCAUUGGAGAGAUGAUGGGGUGGCAUUCGAUUGGACUUUACCGGAUCCUAAUUCCGAUCAGCAGUCGGGGAAAGCCAAGACUGGUUUGGUGGAUGGUGGUGAAGGUACACAUACUGCGAGUGGCUCAACUGUACCACCUAUGGCAGCCCCAGGUAGCGCGACUACCCCGGCGAUCGUUUCCCCUUCUGUCCUAGAUCCGACAGUGGAAACUCCAAUUUCGACACUCAGAAACGAUCCUGCGGUCGCCAAUGCCAGUGGCUCCUCUCGCAUCAUGACUGCUAUACCGUCAAGCUCAACUCAAAUUGGACAGACGACCUUAACCUCUGCAGGUCUAUCGAAGGCUAAAACGAACACAACCGCCACAAAUUUACCGAAGACUCCUUCUAAAGCUACUGAAAAACUGGUAGUAUUGACGCCAAGUAGUCUGGCGACUUCAAAGAAUGUCAGCUCAAGCAACAGGACCGGUGCAAGUGCCAGUACUAGCGCAGGCACCGAUGAUUUCCCGCGUAGUGAGAGUCAUCAAAUACCUUAUCCACCUCAAUUUGAUACCUUUCAAAAGCGGAAGGACAACUCGGUGGACUUUAACAGGUGGAAAGUUGAGCUUGAGGAAUCGUUUUGCCAACGUGAUGCGGAGGCGAGACCGACCAAAGCUUGCACGUUCAAAGAUUCAUAUGCGUGCAUAAAAGUCACGGUGUAUCCACUUCCUCAGCCCGAAACGGUCAAACAGAAUGAACGAACGGUCGAGAAAAAGCACGUUCAAUCAUGGAAGAAUCGGGAAUUCUCUCAUUACGAGAUCUUCGAUUUUCCGAAGGAUCUCGUGGAACGGGAGCGAUCAGGCGAUAAGAAAUCGAUGAAAGAUUGGAUCAACAAGAUCAUAGCGAUAGUCUCAGAACCAGAUGGUCAAGGUCGUCCGACACGAUGGGUUAAAUUCAUGAAGCGUGAGGACCAUCAAGAUCUAAUGAUACUUUGGAAGGAUAAAACUCAAAGUGAGAUCGAUGAAUAUGAAGGCAAACAAGUUACAAUUGAUCAAGACUUAGUUGCGACCCUUAAAAGAAGUGAACAAGUCAACGAGAUAGGCACGAAAGCACCUCCGAUGAAUAAGGCAGAACAAGAAACGAAAAGAAAGUCGGUCUCUAGAGAAGCUGUGCCGUUGACUGAUAAACAGAAAAAGAAAUUGGAAAAGCAAGAGAGGAAACGAGCGAGAGAAGAAGCUGCAUCCGAAGCUGGAUCUACGAGUGUGGUGGAGAUCAGUCCAGCGAAAUCAACUUCGGAAAGACCUUUGAAGAAGAAUAAAAAUAAACAUGCUUCUGCGGAUGGUAGUCCGAGUAAGAACGCUAUUGCGAGUGGUGGUGGAUCGAAUAGUCUGCCUACACAGCAUGAGAAUACAACGAACCAUGCCCCAGAAGCUUCUCUCUUGUUACCUGAUCUACCUAACCUUCCGGCUACUGCAGGUCCAUCACAUCCCACGCCUUUAAUAGAGCAAGAUCAGAAACCAUCCGUGACUUCCGCCAAAUUGGAAGAACUCAACUACUCUUUACGACAGAAAGUGUCAGAGAUUGAAAAAUGGACUAAACUUUCGAACGAAUUUCCAGAUUUGAAAUUGGCCUUGAACACUCAAAUCGAAAAGACUCGAGAAGAGAUAUUCAAGUUGUAUGAUGAUAUAGCUGAAGAGAAAGUUAGAUUGGCUGGGUAA